GGAGGAACAAGAGGAAAACACAUCCUCCUCUCGCAUCUGUUCCUUUCCCGCAUUAAUGCGUAAAUCACAUUAAUAUUUCAGAUUAUCAGUCAGUUUCAGCUGUAUAAUGUCUAUGAAAGCGCGAAACAGAGAGAUCUGCGCCGACUGCAGCGCAUCCGACCCGCGUUGGGCUUCAAUCAAUCGUGGUGUUUUGAUCUGCGAUGAGUGCUGCAGUAUUCACCGAGGGCUGGGUCGACACAGCUCUCAGGUCCGGCACCUGACCCAUAUUGCAUGGCCCCUGUCCCAACUGCAGAUGGUGAGAUCCCUGUACAGUAAUGGAGCAAAUUCAAUCUGGGAACACAGUUUAUUAGAUCCAUCUUCUAUCAUGAGUGGAAAACGCAAAGCCAACCCUCAGGACCGCAUCCACCCCAAUAAAACAGAGUUCAUUAAAGCGAAAUAUCAAAUGCUGGCUUUUGUUCAUCGAAUGCCGUGCCGAGAAGAUGACAGCAUUACUGCUAAAGACCUCAGCAAGCAACUUCACUCAAGCGUGCGUACAGGCAAUUUGGAAACAUGUCUGCGGCUGCUGUCGCUAGGCGCACAGGCCAACUUUUUCCAUCCAGAGAAGGGAAAUACUCCUCUACACGUAGCAGCUAAAGCCGGUCAGCUGUUACAGGCAGAGCUUCUCACAGUUUACGGAGCAGAUCCUGGAUCUCCAGACAGCUCCGGAAAGACGGCCAUCGAUUACGCCAGGCAAGCAGGACACCAGGAGCUGGCAGACAGAUUGCUGGAGAUACAGUUUGAGCUGACAGACAGACUGGCGUUCUAUCUGUGCGGGAGAAAGCCAGAUCAUAAAAGCAGUCAACACUUUAUCGUUCCACAGAUAGCAGACAGCAGUCUUGAUUUGUCCGAACUGGCCAAAGCAGCGAAGAAGAAGCUUCAGUCUCUCAGUAAUCAUCAGUUUGAAGAACUAGCCAUGGACGUCUACGACGAAGUUGACAGAAGAGAAACGGAUGGAGUAUGGCUUGCAACUCAGAACCACAGCACGUUUGUAACAGACACUACGAUCAUACCCUUCCUCCCCGUCAACCCUGAAUAUUCUUCGACCAGGAACCAGGGUCGACAGAAGCUGGCAAGAUUCAACGCGCAUGAGUUUGCGACGCUAGUUAUUGACAUUUUAGCCGAUGCCAAACGGCGUCAACAAGGGAGUUCGCCUGAUAAUGUGAAAGAUAAUGUCGAGUUAAUUCUGAAGGACAUUGGUAACCGUCACGGCAGUAUAAGUCCAGAAAUAGAUCAGCCCGAUUACGACAGCGUCGCAUCUGACGAGGAAAACGACCAGGAACUGACAUCUGGAAAAGACGAACGGACCAAGAGCUCGGAGUCCUCGGAUCUCUCGGACAGCCCCAUAACAGUCCAGGAGUUCAUGGAAGUGAAAAAUGCCCUCCACUCCUCUGAGGCAAAAAUCCAACAGCUCCUCAAAGUCAACUGUCAUCUGAGUGAGGAGUUGAGAAUCAUGCAGAGCAAAUUGAACUCUCUUCAGAAUGAGAACAGCACUCUGAAAUGGCAAACUCCUGAUAGUUUGGCGAGGCCGCAGGAUCUCCCGCACAGGCUGACUCAACGCGGCUGCCGGGCCAUGUCGAUGUACGAGACCGGAUCAGUUCUGAGGCAGUAUCCCCCUAAAGGAGAGACCACCCACCGUGACACAACUCUGACUCUUCAACCGCUGCCCUCUAAUAUUGGGAAGGGUCCCUCGGUGACCACCUUCUCCUCUCUCCCCUCGUUCCCCUCACCUCCGUCCUGGUCCAGGGAUGAGAGAACCCAAAGGGGCUGCAGUCUGGACGCUCCCAGCCGCUUGUCUAAGAGAGAUGACACACUGAACCAUGUCGAGAACGAAGAUUCUUGCUGGGUGCCCGACGACACUGUCCCGUCAACAGAAAGCGUGUCUGAGGGCGAGUGUGACCCUACAUUACCCUGCACAGAGGACGUCAUUAGCAAAACAGAGCUCAUCACCAAGAACAUCCAAGAGUUACUGAGAGCCGCACAGGAGAAUAAACACGAGAGCUUUGUCCCGUGUUCAGACAGAAUUCUUGCUGCAGUGACAGAAAUGGCCACAUUAUUUCCUAAGAGACCGUCCUCCGAGACCAUCCGCCGCUCCUUGCGUCUGCUGACCUCUAGUGCCAGUCGUCUGCAGUCCGAGUGUCAAAAGGCAUCGCCGCACGACUCGCAGCAGGUCAUUCAGUGUGCCUAUGACAUCGCCAAAGCGGCUAAACAGCUAGUUACUGUAACAACCAAAGACAGUAACUGAAUUACGUCUCGACACCUCCUGCUUAUUACGUCCAAUGUCAUUUCAUGUCUUUUAUGUCAGUAUUAUUGGUGAUGUGUUGUGUUCCUUCAUGCGGCACGGUUUGGUUUGCCUUUAUUGCGAGUAUUAAUGCGUCAUUUCAACUUUCAGGACACAAUGCCUUGAAAAUCAAUGGCGUAUUUCUUGUGGUGAAUUUUUUAAUGAAACUAAUAUUUUUGCUUCCUAUGGUGCUAAUAACCGAACAGAAUGUCUGUGUUGCUUGUGUGUGUGCGUGCAAGCAGAACUAGGACGUUAGUCAUUUACUUCUUACACCAGAGUUUCAGUGAGAAUAAAAAUGUGUGUUCCGCUGUUAUUCAGCCGGUGUGAUAGUGUGACAGACAUAAUUUCCUGUGCAAUAACUGCAUUUAGUCGCCCUGCAAAAUGCUACAUUACCCUCCUGAUGUUAAUAAUGUGUGGUCAUAUUAUGCAGUCCUGGUGUGUGUGUGUGUGUGCACGCUUGGGAGUCUAUUAUAUACUGUACUUAAAGGUAUAUGUCAUUUUUGUACCACAAGUGAUAACGUUUUUUUUCUGAGCUCUGAGAAUAAACUAUGAUAUAUAUUUUUGUUUAUAUACACACAGGAAUGUAAAUCUAGUGGUACAGAAAUUACACAUUUAAAGGGAUGGUUCAAAUUCUGAAAUAGGAAAUAUUCUCUAGUAAACCAAUACAUUUCUUUGUUUGGUUGAACACAAAAAUAUGUUUGGAAGAAGGCUUGUAACCAAACAGUUCUUGGAUCCCAAUGAUCACAAUGUUAGUCAAAAGUGCCUCGGAACUGUUCUACGUUCUUCAAAAUAUUUUCUUUUGUUUUUAUAAAGUUAUUUUUCCUGCUACGGUAGUCAAUGGGUCCAAGAACUGCUUGGUUAAAAGCAUUCUUCCAAAUAUCUUUCUCUGUGUUCAACCACACAAAAAAAUUUAUACAGAUUUGGAACAACUCGCGGGUGAGAAAACUAUAACCGAAUUUUUUAUUUUUGGGUGAACUGUUCCUUUAACCUUUAAAGAUACACUUUCCUUAUACAUGCAGUUAUCUGCUCACAUUUCAGAGGUGUUAAAAUACUCUGGAGUCAUAAGGAGUCGGAAGUGAGUUUGGGCUGGAAACAUUGUUAUGUCAAUAUAUAUAUAUAUUUAUAAUAUAACAAUCAUGCCCUGCGAUGGGUUGGCACUCCAUCCAGGGUGUAUCCUGCCUUGAUGCCCGAUGACUCCUGAGAUAGGCGCAGGCUCCCCGUGACCCGAGGUAGUUCGGAUACAGCGGUAGAAAAUGGAUGGAUGGAUAUAACAAUCAUAUCUUUCUAGUUAUUUUACGUAAUCAUUUCAUUUUUUCCCAUCAUUGACCAGUCCAGAUAUACAUCCGCGUGCAAUUCCUUUUUUUUUUGUUGAAUGAUGGGGUCCGUGCAGGUUUUCACUUAUAAAGGGCAUCACAAAAUAUCAUUUUUUUCAUAGACGACUAGGAAACGAAAUCCUGUUGACAUGAAUAAACUAUAUGUGAUGUUUAACGGAUGUAUCUUGCACAUCCAAGAAAUAUAUGUUCAUGUGCUGCCUUGUCUGAAAUCAUACCAAUACCACAAAUUGUCAUUGUGAUAUUGCAAAGUAAUAUAUGAGGAGUCUGAUUCCAAAAUGAGAACUCUGUUUUUAACGUUUUUUCAAAAAUCAUGUUUUUUUAUUGUGCUUUCCAAUCAAUGUAAAUCAAUCACUGUUGUUGGCUUGUUUUGAUUUAAGCCAUAAUACAAACAAAACACAUAAAAAGAAAAAACAUGAUUUUUCAAAAAUCUUAAAAACAUAGCAGCCUUGUUUUAAAACCAAACUCUUCAUAUGUUCCUGUGACAUGUCUGUCUGCCCAGUUUGACCUGUCAAAAAUCUCCCCGCAAAACAUGAUGGGUAUACUAAAUGCAGUACUAAGUUAAGGUCUCCACACCAUUUUUACCGAUGGUUUAUUGAUAAAAAUGUUUUGGCAGAAAUAACAAGGAUGUUGAUCGGGGAACAUGUCAUACUUGGCAAAAUCAGGGUCACCGAACAAACACCUGCCACCAUCUGUUGUGCCCUUGGCUUUAUGCACGCGUGACGUAUAGCCCAUAGUGAUUUUAUGAUACCUUUUCCCAUUAUGUUUUACGACAUUGUAUUUAUAUGAAAGCUAUGUAUGUAAGCUGCUGGUUGUUAACUAUGUAGGCCGCACAACUAAUCUGGUGGAGUUAAAUCUGGUUCUUGUGUUUCCUGGCUGACUUUCACCUUCAUGUUGAUAUCUAUUAAGCAGCUGAUCUUGUUACUAAAUAUAAUAAAACAAAAACAGUAUUUUAA